AUGGUGGAAGCUGAGUUGUCGCCAGUUCCCCCGAAACAGAGCUUGUUUCGGGUUUCCCCAUCAGAGCUGGUAUUUCAGAACUACGUCGCUCAUGAGGUCUCUGAAAUGGAAUUGACUCUCACGAAUAAGAACAAGUUUCUCCAGCCGGUGAAGAUCUCCAUGGAGUUAUCACCUCACUUCAGGCUUGCGUACGCCAGUGAUGCGUACCAUACUGUGCCACCAGGCGCGACCAUCCGUGUGCGCAUCCAGUUCACCCCUGACGAGAGCAAGGAUUAUUCCCAUGAGCUCGUCUGCAUCACCAAAACAGAAAGGAUAGCUGUGCCAAUUCGGGCCAUUGGUGCCCGAGCUAUCCUGGGCUUCCCUGACCAACUGGACUUCUCCAAGUGUCCAGUCAAGUCCAGCACUCAGAAGACUCUGCUGGUUCACAACACUGGUAACCUGGAAGCUCAUUACCAGAUAAGCACCCAGAGUCCUUUCUCCGUGGUUCCAGCCACGGGAACCCUGGGCGCUGGUGACAGCAUGCAGGUGACAGUGGGAUUUCACCCACUUACAACUGGUGACCAUUUCGGGUCCGUGGUAGUGUGCUACAACAAAGGUGAAGAAAGUAUCCACACAAACCUUCAUGGAGAAGCUGUAGAUGUCAACAUUGGCUUGAGCACGUAUUCUGUGGAUUUUAAGAGGACUUUCAUCACCAUGUCAAACCACACAACCAUGUUCAUCGAAAACAGGAGUAACAUCACAGCCCACUUCCAGUGGAAGACUUUUCUUAGUGAGGAAGAUGACAAUAGAGCGAAGAGGAGGCAGUGUGAUUUGCUGCAGCCACCAAAAGAGGUCUGGGUGGACAACUUAAUGGAGGAGAGAAGAAUAGCGAUGAAGACGGGUUUCUGUGAAGAUCGCACUGCCAUCCUGAAAAAGAAGGUCCAGAAGAAGAUGGCAAAGGUGCAAGAAAACCCCAUGCUGUUCUCCAGUGACAUUUUUUACAUUGAGCCAAUGGAGGGGGUGAUUGGGCCAAAUAGUUCGGCCGAAAUCAAGGUGACCUUUAAACCCCAAAAAGCCCUAGAGUAUCGAAGUGUGGCUUACUGCAAUAUCUCAGGCCGUGGGAACAGGCUGCCCCUGCACCUCAGAGGGGAAGGCCAAGGACCCUUGCUUGAAUUCAGCAGUCAUAUUCUGAGACUUGGAAACCUUUUUAUCAACACCUCCCACGUCUAUGAGGUGAAACUCAUUAACCAAGGAGUUCUUGAUGCUCCCUUUGUAUAUAUCCCUUCAACCACAAAUGUGGGCUGCUGCUUCAAGUUUACACCCGAGAAGGGUGUCAUUGAACCAGGUGGGAUCCAGACUAUUCAGAUCUCCUUCAGUGCCACCAUCCUGGGGGUGUUUGAGGAACAAUUUCAGUUCAGUGUGGCUGAAUCUCCUACGCCUGUGAUCCUGACAAUCGGGGGCUGUGUCAGUGGACCAACUUUACACUUCGACGUCGGUGAGCUCCACUUCGGUGACAUCUCCUUUGGCUUUCCCCACACCAUGACCUGUCGCCUCACUAACACCUCCCUGGUGGCCGUGACAUUCAAGCUCCGCAUGUCGGACGAUGGCACCCAGCCUGCUGUUAGCAGCUUUGAUCAAAUAUGCAAGGAAGGUGACCCAUCCUGGAGGAAGGGAAUUCAUUUUUAUGUGGAGCCAAGGGAGUUUACAAUGAAUCCCAGCCAAGGGACCAUCCUCCCCCAGGGACACCAGGAUAUCGAGGUGACCCUGUGUUCCAACACGGUGAUGGAAUACUACCGGAAAAUGCUGGUGGACCUGGUGGGCCUGGAGGGUAUUGGCAAGGAAGUGGCAUCAGUGAUCAUCUCAGCCAGAUGUCUGGUUCCUGAGCUGAAAGUGUACCCCCAACUCAUGCGGUGCAAUAAGUGCCACCUGAAGGAGCCAUAUGAGAAGAAGUUCAUUAUUAUGAAUAAAACCGACAUUCCUGCCUGCUACGGGCUUAUCCCCCAGAAACGCAAGGAGAACUCUCCUGUGUUGUACUCCAGCCCCAAACCCUGUGGGAUUGUCCAGCCUCGCAGCACUGCAGAGAUUCCAGUUACAAUUGAAGUCCAAACAUUGGGCAAUCAUCGCACCAAGGUUCUUAUUGGUGUGUUUGGGGAUGAAAGAAGCCCACUGAGAGCAGAAAUACUGAGCUCUGGACAGCUGGCAGAAAUCUACGGAACUCCAAGGGUGAUAGAGUUUGGCAUGAUCCCGGCUCUACAGCCUAAUCCACAAAGUCUUACCCUCUUCAACAAAGGUCUCGUCCCUACAGAAUUCAGGAUAGAGAUU